GGGAUCGCGGUUAAAAAUAAUUUGUUACAGAUUAUUUGUUGUACUGUCGAGUGAAGAAAUAACAAUCAUUGUUGGUACUGCAACACGCGCAACGUGAGAGAAUUGCAUAAACGUCACCCCGACUAUGUAACGUCCUAAACAGCACAGAUCCUCGUUGUAAACUCAAAAAGGAUUUACUUUCUUGAAUUCUCUAUGAAUUAGCGUUGUCAAAAUGAACUCGAAAGAAUUGCCUGUCGGUAGUUCACAGAGGAUUCCACAGAAUUAAAUAUUCUUUUGACUUAAAUGGAAGUAGAUUAAAUUCCGGAUAAAGAAUUUUAUAUCGAAAUUGAUGAAAUCAGAAUCGAUGACGUAAAAGCGAGUCCUUUUUGAAGUCUUACAAAUGUUUUAAAAUAGAAACGGUAACAGAAUUUAUUUCAUAAUUCGAAAAUUAAGAAAUUCUGUGCAGUCUGGGUCGCCUCGACGUUAGUGUUUUUUUCAUCUUUUAUCUCUUUUCAUUUAUAAUUUGCUUCAUUUCUUGUAGAAUUUAUAUAUGACGGUUCGUUCGACGAUAUCAGGCGGAUAUGUUUUUGAAUAUAUAAUGUUCGAACAAUGCGCAACUGCGAAAGAACUAAUGCGUCCUCGAUAUGUCGCCGUAGUUUUGCGAGAAUAGGUCGUUUCGAGUAGAUCGGCGAGCUGGGCGCGCGAGGAAGACUGAAUAAAAUUCUAAUGGACACCGGGAUUCCUGUGCGGCGACUUAAUCUGAUAUCGGACACGAUACUAUCGCUUUAUCGAAAGACGACGGAGAUAACUCUGCGAGCCGCAAUCGGUUUCUCAAAAGUCCCACGUCAAACGUAACUCGACCGCGACUGUCCGAGCAACAUGCUUGCAUUCGGACUCGAACAGAGACACGGUUCGCGCUUCUCUGCGAUCCGCAGUGAAUCGUCGCGUCUCACGUUAAAUCGCUGAAAACAAUCGAGCCGAGUUUACGCGCCGUUUUCCCUUUUUCCCCCUUUCUCUCUUUCCCCUCUCUGUUCUUUCUUCUCUCGCAUUGCGUGUGUUCAGCAAACGUGAUUGCUCGGGUCACAAUAGCGGUAAGCGAGUCGUGCUCUCGUAAGCGAUUUUAAACGCGAUAGGACGACGGCCAGUUAAGAUUCAUCGUGCUUUUCGUGUCUGUUAAGACUACGGAGUGCCGGUAAAUGUGACAAAUGUGUUUUUUAAUUCAGUAAGCCCUGACGGAUUCAUUCAUAUAAACACACGAUCAGGGGCGCAGCUCAUCGCAGAUUCAAAAGUACAGGAUGCUCUGAAAAAGUGAAAGUUCAACACGGCAGACUUUUUGUGACGUUGGACGCAGAGAGCACCUUCCUCGUGUCGUGCCUGAAGUUCGAUCGUUAAUUAUCGUCACCGGUAUGCAACGCUUGGCGCGAAACCCACGGUGACACGCCGCCAGGCUCCUCCAGUUAACACCGGAUAAUCGAGGACGAAUCCAGUCUUUCGGACGCAGCGAGGAUCGAUUGCCUGGCCUCGGGAAUGCGACGUUCAAGGGCAAAAAGAACUUGCAAGUUCUAUUCGCGACGACGCACAUUUUGCCUGAUGCAACCUGCCGCGAAUCCUAUUAUUUAUUAAAUUCUAAAAGUUUAAAAAGAGAGACGGUCGCAGAGGACAUAGAUAUAUCGGUGCUCUUUGACGCGAAGUGAACUGAAUACGGGGACGCCGACGAGAAACGCGAAUCUCCUCUGGAAUGCCAGCGGGCGGCGGAUGUUUCUGAUUACGUUAUUAUCGAGGCAUUUGUGUUCUUCUUUCCGAGAUCCGUGCGAGUUCUUCGGAAAGGUGUUUCCGUCCAGAAAUACAUCUCACUCGCCUGCCUCAAGAAACGAGGCUGUUCCGACAACGCGAACGCUUCUCGAACUCUUCCCGCUGGUCACUUUGUCAUCCACGAUCGAUGCUUAUGCUACCAGAGUUUGCAAAUAUAAAAAAUCCGAAGCGUGCAUUACAAUUGAUCAGGAAGAGAGAGAGGGAAAGAAAGAGAGAGGGGAGGAGAGAGAGGAACGAAGUAGGAAAGUCGCAGGGGGAGCGUUUCGAGUGGCCCAUUUCUCUUAUCACGAUAAGCCUGGGCUUGGCUUGGCGCGAUCAUCGCGGAACCUGACGCUCGGGGUGAUUCACUUUUGCAAUUCGUCGCGGUCGCUCACCAGUCGCAGAUGAAUCUGACAUUGCGAUGAAUACGACAGCUGCGAGCUCGCUGUCACUGCCGUCGUCAUCGUCUUCCUACGGCCGUCAUCAACAUGGGUAAUUCGAGUAUGCCGAAAUCGAUCAACGUAGAACUGGUGACCCGGGCGUCACUGUGUUCGCUGAAGAAGGUGGACGACGGCCGCAUUAUCUCACCCAACAGCUUCGACGAAUGGACGUGGUCUGGUCUGAGGAAACAAUUCAAGUAUAAGAACCUAGAAAAGCUGUACACCAUCUAUCACAGGAGAAUACAAUAUGCUUAUCUUUCGAUAUUCAUCUUACUACAACUGCUACUUGGACUUACGUAUUGCUUGUCUUUGAUCAUAACGGUCGGCAUGAAGGAAUGCUUGAUAGACGUCUGCAGCCACUGCAUCGUGGGCGCUCUGCUGUGUCCCGUGAUCGCCCUGUCAUUCCGAUCGAGGCAUAUCGCAAAGAAGACCUACUUGCCAGUCAUGCUGUCCUGGAUGAUCACCGUGCUAUUGGUCAUUUGCGAUCUGACCAUACCUCUGUAUUACACCUUCACCGAGGGCAUCCUGCCGAUAAGACCAGCGUACGCGACGCACUCGCUUCUCGCAUGCUACGUGUUCCUGCCGAUCACGAAGAAUUCGCACGCUCUCGUGCUCGGCCUUACGGCGAGCAUGUGCUACCUGGCGACCCUGUCAAUAAUCACCUACAACAACAUAGCUGACUACUUACCCAAGAUCGUCAGCGACGUGAUAUAUUUCGUGUGCGUGAACGCUCUGGGGCUCUACUUCAGGUUCAUGAACGAGGUCGUCAUCAGGCGCUCCUUCCUGGACCGACGGAAGUGCGUCGAGUCGACGCUCAGGCUCAACUACGAGAAGGAUCAGGAAGAGCAAUUGACGCGGAGUAUACUGCCGCAACACAUAGUAGCGAAAAUCAAAAAGGACUUCCGGGACAUCUUCAAGUUCGUAGAGGAGCACAAAAAGAGUCCUCCGCCGAAGGGCAGGUACAGCGAUUUAUGCGUGGAGACGCACGACAAUGUCAGCAUCUUGUACGCGGAUGUGGUGAACUUCUCCGGGCUGACCGUGACGCUGCCGAUACGGAAGCUCGUGGAGACGCUGAACGAUCUGUUCGGCAGUUUCGACGAGGCGUCCGAGAGGCACAAUGUGCUGAGAAUCAAAUUUUUGGGCGACUGUUACUACUGCGUGAGCGGCGUGCCUACACCCAAUUCCCAGCACGCCAAGAGCUGCGUUGAUCUCGGCCUCGAUAUGAUAAAAAUCAUCAACGAGGUGAGGGCGCGGGUCUAUCGCGAGAGCGGCGUGGACGUGAACAUGAGGAUCGGCGUGCAUUCGGGCAAUAUAAUAUCUGGAAUCCUGGGCACGAACAAGUGGCAGUACGACGUUUGGUCGCGCGACGUGGUGAUAGCGAACAAAAUGGAGCAGACCGGCGAGCCCGGCAAGGUCCACGUCACACAGCAGACGCUGGACCUCGUGAAUGCGAGUGACUACAACUACAUCCCGGUCGAAAGACUGGACGACGAGGUUCUACGAAAGUAUGGAAUACGGAGCUAUCUCAUCACACCGUCCUUGCCGGAAACGCCGAUGUCGUCGCCGACGCGGCGAACUUUGUUGCAGAACAGCGAGAACAGUUUGAAGGCCAUUAGUCCGGACACGCCGACAUUGUCAUAUUCCACGCCUAACAAGCACUACAUCAAGUUCAACAAUGGACGCGCCAGCACCAUCGUCAGCACCAGCUCCAAGACGAGGGUGAACAGUCAAGCGGACGUUUUCGCGACCACUUACAGACGAAGAACGCACUUCAUGGAUUCUUGCCUACGGGAUUAUCAUUUGAUGCUGAAAGCUGCGGACGCCGAGAUGGAGAACGCCAUUAACCAGAUGCCUCUCAGCAAAUGGGAACAAUGGAGCAACUGGAAGCACAUCAAUCCACUCUUCCUGACGUUUCGCCAAUGGAGCUGGGAGAUUCCAUUCCUGCGCGAACCGGACCCCGUUUUCAAAUUUUACAUCGGCUGCUCUGCCUUCGUGCUCGUCUUCAUGGGACUCAUGUAUCUCGUGCCCACGUUUAUACUCGCUCAACGGCAUCUGAGCACACUCGUCGGCUUUGCGUCGGCACUGACGUUCCUGAUCGCUUUAAUACCCCUCACGUGGAUGCAUUUUGUGUGGAAUCGCUGCAAGGACCCGCACGACGAGCACGAAGGUCACGUUCCACAUCCGCGGAACAAACUACUGUAUUUCUUCUAUCAAACAAGCGUGAAGGUUGUAUGGAGCGCCCUUCUGAGGACGAUCUUGUACCUGGUGAUUACGAUAAUGUUAGCGACAUGCGCCAUGCUCGAUAUGAUUUUCGAAUGUGAAAACGUGAACUCUCUGUCGGACAAUAACAUAACGUCCAGCAUGUCGGGGGUCGGCGCCUCCAAGUUUGAUUGCAUAUCUUCAUCUUGGCAAAUGACGGAGACUUGCUCAUUAGCGAUUCUCACGAGUUUCCUCUUCCUGAGGGUCCACUUCGCCUUGAAACUCGUAAUAAGCAUCUGCGUGGUAGCCUUUUACGCGUGGAAUGUCUGGGUGUAUCGGUCUAAUAUAUUUCAGACGAGCGAAACGUGGAAUCCUCACAUGGAACCGAGACUGGCGCACAUAUUGACUGUGAUAUUUCUCACCUUCUCCUUGCAUCUCAUCGACCGCCAAGCAGAAUACUUGAGCAGACUGGAUUAUCAAUGGAAACGUCAGCUAACGAAGGAACAGGAUGAAGCGUUUCACACGAGGAAUGUCAACAAGCUUCUGCUUCGUAAUAUCCUGCCGGAACACGUCGCGGAGUUUUACUUGAACAUGAACCGAACCGAGGAGAACGAGCCUUAUCACGAGGCUCACAACAACGUCGCCGUGAUGUUCGCUUCUCUGACAGAACUGUCAAUCAUCGAGAGUAACAUCCUCAGUGAUCUGAACGAGAUUAUUUGCGAAUUCGACAAGUUACUCUUCGAUCCUUGUUUCAUGUGUCGCGUAGAGAAGAUAAAGGUCGCCGGUACAACGUAUAUGGCGGCGUGCGGUUUAGAAGCGAAUCGACGCGAUUCAAUGCACAGCACCGAAAGCGACGAGAAUUGCAGUGACAAUGUGGUCAAGGUGAUGGCGCAAUUUGCCGUACAAAUGAUGUCCGUGCUCGAUAAAAUGAACGCAAGGUCGUUCCCCACGUCGAAACCUCACAAAUUAAGGAUCGGCAUUUCUCAUGGGGAGGUGACGGCCGGCGUCGUGGGGGCCCAAAAGCCGCUGUACGACAUUUGGGGCGACGCUGUAAACAUGGCAUCCAGAAUGGACACCACUGGACUGCCAGGAAAGAUACAGGUAACAGCGGAGACGGCUGCCGUCUUGGAACAGCAAGGUGUCAAGUGUCAUCUUCGCGGUGAGACGUAUGUCAAGCCGAAAGGAGAGGUCACGACGUACUUUGUAGGCGUCGACGAGCAGGGAAUAUUAGAAAGAGCGGAUGCGGGAGAAGAGAGUACUAGUUUGUGACAAACGAUGAAUAAUAACGCGAAUUAAUUUUAAUUAACGCGAUCGGGCUCUCCCGAUUAAUAAAUCGUCCAAAGCAGGGUGUAGUCGAACAGUCGCUUUCUAAUGUCGGGCUCAUUUCUAAAGUAUCCAGGAUGAAAAAAUUACGAUUAAAGAUUAAAGACACGCGAGGAACUUUCCAUUUUGAGAUUCGCGUCCAUAUGCAAUCAGGUUUUAUAUAAAUAGUUGACAAAGACGAAGAUACAUUGUGAAAGUACAAAAAGCGAUUUACGUCAGCUGCACCCUGUAACGUUUGAGCGGGGACGAGGAAGCGGAGAAACCAAAGAGAGCGUGAGAGACCAAAGAACGCGGGGCGCGAGAUGAAAUGACAGUAAGAUAACGUAAGGGAGGAUAUACCUCAAAUGAUUUAGGUUGUACACGAAAACGCGAUAACAGUGUCGUUAUUCUCGCGAGCCGAUUAUUAUCGCCGAGUAACACGUCUAAUCAAAAUGAAAGAGACUAUAUAUAUAUAUACAUAUAUGUACUGUACGCAAUUAAAAUUGCAAUGUUUUUGCUAGAGUAUCACGUUGUCCGAAAGAUGUGCACAAAGAGAGAUAUCCAAAUAGCAUCGAGUUACCUUACGUGAUGCACCGUAAUUAUUCGCUCAUUAUUGGCUCGAUCUUUAUGUAGCAUGCGAUUCCAAGAUAUUCCGAUUUGCUCAGAACGUCAAAGAGAAUAUUUUAAAAUAUCUGACGACCGUCUACCAAUUGUAACAACUGUAAAGACGUAGCUAAUUAAGAACAAUGUCUCCGACGUCUAAAUCUCUAUAUAGAAAUCCAAAGGCAUUAUACAAUAUUAAAGUGUAAAGUAUAAAAUGGCGCGAAGAGAGUUUCGACAGACUAUUAAAUGAAAUAUAACUUACAAAAAUAUUCUAAGAACAUCCGCGUGUAUCCUAAGGAUAUCUCACACGUACAGUCGUUAACGACUGAAUAAUUAAUCUUAUCGCGGAUAUACAUAUAUUAAAUUACAGAUCAAAUCUGGACGUCCAAAGAUCCUUGAGGAUAUAUCCGCUGGAUGUUCUUGGGAUUAUAUUUUGCUAUGUGAAAGGAGUGAUAUUGGAAAAUUGUGCUCGUUGAGUUUGUCCAUAUCUGUUCGGCCGAAAGCAGAUGUACAAUCGAAAAGCAGGAUGUAAUGUAAUAUCUGUCUCUUAAACACAUAGAGAAAAGUCCCCUAUUAUGAGAUAAGCUGCUGAUAUGAGAUAGCAGGGUUUCUGCUAAAGUAAUAGGCACCACCCGUACAGCACAAAACUUGCAGUUACAUUGCAAUAACGUUGCUGUAAUGUAGCUGCAAUGUAACUGCAAGGUUUGUGCUGUA